AGGGAGAGAUAUGUGGAGUGGGUAGACAAUGUCUUGCGAUCUCAAAGUAGAGGAUACCAUUUACGUAGAUUUGCAUUAUUUUUUGACCUGAAUAUUUCACAUCAAUCUCACAUUGAUCGGUGGAUUAAAUUUGCAUUGGCGAAACGAGUUAAAGUUCUCCAGCUAUAUUUCGAGCCCCCAUCUUUGAAGGAUUUCUGGCCUCAUGGUGAUCCUAGUUGCUUGCCAUAUAUAUUAGGACGCGAGACACUUAUGGAUUCUGAUAUAGGGUAUUCACAACGAGCUUCAUGUCUAAGUAAUUUUGGCUUGAGCCCUUCUAGUUCUUGGAAUGCAUCCUUUAGGUAUCUCGAAGAGCUCUGCUUGAAUGGAGUCACUGUGGAGGGAGAACUCAUUGAGCAACCGCUUGCCAUUUGUCCGGUUCUAGAGCGAUUGAUUUUGGGACUUGCUCCCACUUUGAAUAGGGUUAGAGCUUCUGGCCGAUCAUUGAAGCUGAAAUACUUGAGCAUAACAUGUUGUUUCGAUCUUAAAUGCGUUGAGAUUUAUGACACGAAUCUUGUGUCCUUCGCUAUAGUGGGACCUCAAAUUCCAUUGUGUUUGGACAAGCUCCCGCAGCUGUCUGAGGUGUCUAUUGAAGGAUUUUCGUUGAGGCUUGUGCAUGUGACCUUGUCUCAGCUUUCGAGCCUUUCUUGUUUGCAGAUUCUGAAACUUCAAUUUUAUGAUUCCCCGGAUGAAAAUCUGCUUAUUCGUCAAUUGCCUAAAUUAGUAAGUGUCAAGAAAUUGGAGCUGAGAGUUCACGGACUUAGAGAUGCGAGUCUACUUCCAUUGACUCUGUUGAUCGAGGCAUGUCCAUGCAUGCAGAGCUUUGUGUUUGAGUUGAUGGACCCACGGGAGAUGCUAUGCAGGCAAAGGGAACCGAAAAGAGUUGUUCAGGCUCCCCAUCGAUACCUAAAGGAGGUUGAAUUUUCCAAUUAUUAUGGUCGACCUUGUGAUCAUGAACUAGUGAAUUACCUUGUCGAGAAUGCCUUUAACCUUGAGAAGCUAGUGGUGAAUCCCUGUGAAGAAGAAUGGUUCACGAGCGAGAUGAAAAAAGUGAAGGAACCUAGAGAACGUGCUCUGCAACAGCUCGAGGGGAAGUUACCUUCUAGAAUUGACCUGGUGAUUAAUUAA